AUGACGCCUCCCCAUCAGCGUUUACUCGCAGCGACGCGCAAUGAUGUGAAUGCCACUAAUGACAUUUUGGGUGAACUGCGCAAGGGCGCGAUCAACUCACGAUUCCUCCGUGGACCAGAGAAGACUCGGCGACCAGCAGGGUACUCAGCAAACUUUGGCAUGAUCCCGAAUUUCGAUGCGAACGUCUCAGUCCUUGUUCAACUGCCAAUGGAAGUUUUGAUCACAAUCUGCUCAGACCUAGAGCCCAUAUGGGUCUUCCAACUCGAACUGACAUGCACGAAAAUGGCAAGACGACUUCGGAGCCCAGAGGCGAACAGACUCUGGUAUAGAUGCAUCCCAGCGGCUUUGAAAGCCUUACCGGAAUUCUUCCAGGACGACGCCGCACUCUCACAACGAGGCCUUGUCGCUCCGUUCCAAUUCAAUAAUCCACCGGUUCCACUUCCACAUGGAACGGUUGUGGCGCAGUCUGCUCCGUGGUCAAACGGUGGUCUAGACAGCAACAUCAACAAAUUUUUCAACCUACCUGCCCUUCGUUCGAUCGACACGACUGAUCCCUUGUUUAUGUACAUCCACCAACUGAAGGGCUUCGAACAAAUACCUCUGGCAAGCUAUGCUGUGGUUCAGUCGCAGCAUGGCUGCCGCAUUAAGACACUCGCUCUGGGAAUACCUUACCAAGUCAACUUCAACUACCGGAGAGAACUGUUAGGGCACUUCCUACUCACGAGAAGAUGCAUAGCCUGUCUUGAAUUACCACUAGCUGCAGGCACACAAGUCAGACCAGAAGAAGUCUGGCAGGAUGUUGGUGGAAUGAACAUGUGUCCGACCUGCUUUUCAAAGUACACCGUGCGCAAUGACAAGCUCAUUUCAGUACCAGGUCUUCUGAAACACCUUUCGCAAAUCACUCCACAGUCCGGAAAGCUUGGUCCUUGGCUCCCAGAGCGCUGCCGUCCGUGGACUGGUCAAGGAGUGCACUGGCGCCCGCUGGUUGACGAUUUCACUCGUCAAAAGUGUGGUCUUGACAGCGAGAUGCUCCUCGCCAAGCAAGAAUACUUUGACUGGCUAAGAGACACAUUGAGAGGACAAACCUCGACUGUCUACAACGGCCGCCAAACCAUACGCUGGGAUGUGAUACGCAUCGCACAAGGCUACUGGAGCAAACCUUGGCCAGACGAAGUCCCUUUCGUGCCGCCCCCAAACAUUCAGGACCUCAGAAACACGGUCAUUCCGAUACAUCGGCUUGCCGACUUUCUCUUUCGGCCAGAGAAACUCGAUCGCAAUGCACUCUCCCCGCAGAAUCUCGAGGGCCAGUGGCCCGACGAUCCAGCCGAUAUCAUACGAUAUCAGCGCGAUAUUCCAGCGAGAACGGAGCAGUGGAAGGAGCGGAAGGCCAAAUUGAUGCUGUAUCAACUCGUCAUGCAGCACCGCAGUCCACCGAUGGGGUAUGCCCUGGAGGCAUACCACACGUCCCGCUUGAGAGACGAGCUCACAACCACUGCCAUCAUGGCAAGAGUCGCUGCUGCAGGCCAUACAACGGCCUUGAAAGUGUACACGACCAAGUUGUUCCUGGACACCAACCCAGGCUUCACCAGAGGGGCGGUGUUGACAGAUGGGGGCGCGUCGGCGGCGCGGACGGCCCUGGCUCCCCUUGCGCAAGCCAGUAUUGGCUGUUUGGUGGGCGGUUGCCAUGCUAGGCCUCGAGGAGUCGAGGAAGUGGUGAAGCACAUGCGGGUGGAGCAUGCUGCUACCUUUUUCACCUGGAAUUGGUUGUUGGCCUGA